GUCGGUCUGGGUCCGUAUGGAACAGCUUCUGGGUCCGUACCCGGACCGCGGUCCGCCUGUUAGUGACCGCUGCUCUAAACGCUUCCUAUAGCUUCCAAUGAGAGUCUGGAUUCUGGAUGAAGGGCUGUUGCAACUCUGAAAUCACCAAUUCUACUAUCCAGAAGUGAUUUCCAGGCUUUUGACUCACGUCGUCUAAUUGUGCCCAUAUAGUGGUGCCUGAGGAAUGGCAAUUCCAGCCUCCCAUGAGUUCUACUGGCAGAGUCUGGCUCAGCUGUCUAGUGGGCGUGUUUAUCACACUCUAGUGGAGGCCAGGGGCCAGCUAUAUGUGAUGGGGGGCUAUGAUGAGACUGGGCACCCCACAAGUGCCCUGGAGCUCUACUGUCCUGAGACAGACCAAUGGGUCAAUCUGCCCCCUAUGCCCACACCUCGGGCAGGGGCUGCUGUGGCUGUCCUUGGGAAGCAGCUGUUGGUGGUGGGGGGUGUUGGGAAAGACCAGUGCCCUCUGAAGACAGUGGAAAUAUACAACACAGAAGAGGGAAGGUGGAAGAAAAGAAGUUCACUGAGAGAAGCAGCAAUGGGCAUAUCCAUCAUAGUGAAAGAUGGCAGAGCAUUUGCUGUGGGUGGGAUGGGAGCAGAUCUCCUCCCCCAAAGUCACCUUCAGCAGUAUGACCUUCAAAAAGAUGUGUGGGCCGUCCUCCCUCUCAUGCCCACUCCUCGCUAUGACACCAAUGCCCAUCUGCGGGGAUCCAAGAUAUAUGUGUCAGGGGGACGUCAGAAUAAAAGAUGUGUGAAAGCCUAUGAGGUCUUUGAUUUUGAGACUCGCUCCUGGACAACACUUCCAAGUUUGCCUUGCAAAAGAUCCUACUCAGGAGUGGUGUGGGAUGAAAUGGGACGACUCUACUGGCUGGGAGGACUCCGGCAAGGGGGUUCCCACCAAAGUUCUAAAUUCACCAAGAACAUCAAUAUCUUUGACACAAAUAAAGGUCUAUGGUUGAAGUCAGAAGACACAGCGUCCAUGAAGACCAAGCGGGCAGACUUUGCAUCUGCCUCCCUGCAUGGAAGGGUCAUUGUUGCAGGAGGAUUAGGGAAUCAUCCCUCUGUACUGGAUUCAGUGGAGGCUUUCCACCCAGAGAAGAAGAAAUGGGAGCGAGUUGCUCCCAUGUCUGUGCCUCGCUGUUCAGCUUCCAGCAUUGUAAUUCGAGACCACCUCCUGGUGGUUGGUGGUGUUAACCAAACCCCCAGCUCUGCCAAUGAGAUUCUGUAUGUAAAGGAAAAUGUGCUUCUUUAACUAAGCGCCACAUUGCUUUCUCCAGUCUACUUGAAAUAAAAGUUAUGUCUGUUUUGAAUCCUGACAGCACUGGCAAUAGGAAAUGUUCAAAAUUGUUAUGUGUCCUGCAUCACCAUAACACAAAACAUAGGUUACUAACAACAUUAGUGUCUUUUCUGAGCCAAGAGUUUCUGUGCCAUAAACACUAUGGCCAUAAUCAAGAGUCGUUCACACAUAGGUAUUACUCAUGGGGGGGCACUGGUCAGUUGAACAUUCAAAAUGAUGUUUGUCCUGCCCAGAAUUUUCUGGGAUUUUGCUUUUAAAAAUACGAAUGAAUUUGUCUGGGGAAUUUUGUUCUCAUCCAACCUACUUUCCAAGGAGGAAAAGUUUUAGCCAAUGAUUUCAUUUGCAUACGCGCAAACAUCUAUGGCAACAUAUAUCAAUGACCCAGAGCAAGCUGUGUUGAAAGGGAUUAUGAGGAUAGAGACAUGGUUGGUUCUGGAUUGGAUCAGCUGGAGGGAUGCUACAGUAUGUUAUGACCAGAAAGCAGACAGGAGGCAGACCCCGUAAUGCUGGAGAACAGGCGCUUUAUUAAGUAGCCAGAUGCAGAGAAAGCCAAGUCAGAAAUCCAAAUUCGUGGUUGGGACAGAAGCAGGAGGUCAAAAGCCAGGGACGUCAGUCCUACAGACAGGCACAGGACGAGACGACGAAGGGGAAGGUGGAACGAUGGUGAUGGGUCGGGAGCACAGGACAGGACAGGCAGGCAGGUGGGAGUGGGCAGGCAGGCAGGGAGACAAGCAGGCAGGACGCAGCAGGCAGGGCAAGCAGGGAAGACAAAAGACAGAAUAACGCUUGGUAAUGUUCCUAAUCAUGGCAACAAUACUUUGCAAUGUUUGCAAGGAAUCAUCCGCUUUAAGAAGUGGAGCUAACGAGAGGAAAUUGCCUGCAGCUGUUAUGUCCUCCCCCCGUGUGGCCUUGACACGCUAAGAGGGAUGGUCUAAAUACUAUGCUGCCGUGAUUGAUUGUUUUACUGUUAGCCAACUGCUGAUGCUCUGGGCAUUUGAAAAAGUCACACAUGGCAGCUGUAUUUUGUACAUACUUUGGUUUGAAUAACCAUAAUAAUAACUAAGUCCUACCUCUGGCAUGGAAACAAUAGACUGAAAACCUGUAUUGCAAUAUCAAGGAUGCUCUAACAAUCUACUUGCAGAAUAUUUCCCUUAGAAAUUGAAGGAAACACUGUCAUGAUUGCCCAUGAUUCAGUUCACAAUCAUAAACAGAAUUUUGACAUAUGGAUCAAUUGCUAAGUUGCUUGUUUAGUGUUUUGUCAAACUGCUUCGUUGCUGAUGGCUAGUCUGAAUAAGUUUCAAAAACCUUUGAAUUGUGAUUUCACACCCCUGACUGAAAACACAAAGUGCUUAAUGUCUCCAAAGGGUAUCAGUUUUCAUGUCAGGGGAAACACCAUUAUCCACUGGAUAGUAGUAGGCUAUAUAUUACAUAUCUGUAAUGAUUUAAGGUCAACAAGUGGGCUUAAAAUAAAAUCAUCUGUACAGAUGCCAUGAUAGCUACAGCGUCCUCCACAAUUAUUGGCACCCCUUGUAACGAUUUGUAAAAAGGGUUAGAAAAAAUCUACCUUUCAGUGAAGUAGCUUCAUCUCACACUAAAAAAAUAAAAUACAUUUAUUCAAAGAAAAUUAAAUUCUUUGUCAAGAAAUAAUUACUUUCAAUAAAAACACAUGUGCCACGAUUAUUGGCACACCUGGGAAUUACAGUGAACACAAUUUAAUGAAGCAUGUUUCCCCUGUAUAUUGUACAUCUUUGAGUUGAUUGGAGUGAAAAGGAACCUUCAAAUUGUCAUCCAUGACUUCCUAAUUAACUGGGGUACAACAUGAGGUGACACAGAUCCCAAAUUCAUCCAUCUACAUGGCAAAGAUAAGAGAACGUACAAACCAAAUGAGAUAAAAGUUCAGGUCACUAGCAAAACACUUGUCGUAAAAACAGUAUCAGUAAAAACCGACUGAUACAUUGGUAUGUGACUUCGCUUCAUUAAUGAGCUCAGGGAACAACCAUCCAGCUGCCACCCUCGUGGUAAUGUUCCAAAGAUUUUCUGGUCAACAUAACCUUUAUAGGGGUACAUUCAUAGUUCGCGCCCCAGUCCACUGAACCAGAUCAAACUGGUUAGAGUAGGGUGUGCACUUUGUAACACACAUAUGCCUUAUGCAGUUUGCAUCUUUCAAACAUGUAUACUUCACGUGAUCAGCAUGCUGCAGGCCUGGGGCACGUGAGGGGAUGUCUAUGCUUUUGCAUGGCCUUUGUGGUGUUCCUGCCAUGUAUGCUAUGUGCGCUCGAUGCUCAUGCCUUUGUCCCCAGUCUGCAUUUCUUGUCAAUUCUAACAAGUAGUAUGCUCCAAAACAUGAGUGCAACACUCAAACCUCAAUUCUCGUGUCAGCUGUCUGUCACCCAGGCGUUCUUGCAAUAACAUAUUAAAAAUAUGUUCCAAAAUCAGUUUAUCUAAAAGCUACUUAAGAAAAAUAUAUUCUCUGUUCAAUUUUCUAUCACACACUAGUCCACACUUGGGCAUGCGCAGUAGCCAUUCUGAUACAUGCCCGUUAGGAGGUCUGGCUCUUUUCAGCAGGGCAGAGCUGAGCAGGAGCGGCUGAAGAUUCAGCUCUCCCCGACGGGAGUUGUCUUUUUCUUAUUUGCUACCAAGAAUUGGCUCUUAAAGCCUGCUCGUUCGCGAAAGACGCGUUACUACAUGACAGUAGAGAAGCCCAAGUUUGUGGAAGACAUCAGCUCAAGCUGUUUUGGCGGAAUUAACUUCGCUGCAGCAUUUUACAGGUUAAUUUGGUGAGUGUUUUGUAAUAUUUACUUUCUUCAUUUAGUAAUUCAAUGCCAAUUUGAGUUUUGUUCAAUUUUGGCUAACGAAUUACCAUGUUUAAUGAACUAUCGCUAACUAGAUAUCUGGCCAUUCUAGCUUAGGCUAACUUAGGUAACGUUCAUUGCUAACACUGUUCCAGUAGUUCUGACGUUAGUCCUUAUAUUUAUGUUGGUUAUAGAUACACUAGGCACCAAAUGCAAAGUUAACUGACCUGCUCAGUCUGUAUCAAACUGUGCAUAAAACUAAAAUUCUGUAAGCUGAAUCGUUUUAGCAAGCAAAGCACGUGAAGUGCAGUAAAUGGAAUUAAACGAAAUUGUCAUUCUACAAAAGAUGAAUGUUUCCAAUUUGACGGCAGAGAUUGUCGGCGAGGCGCUCUCAGUACAGAGCAUGGUGGACCGAUGGCCAGCACUCUUCACUGAAAGCCAGGCGUGUUUUGAAUUCAUCAGAAUAACAAGCAAAAACCUUUAGGAAGAUUUCUUCAUGAAGCUGGACCAGCUUGUGCCACCUUUUUGCAACUGUUCAAGACAAGAAAAGGGGUUGUUGGACAGAAGCUAACUGAAGUCAUGCAGAACAUCAACUGGACAUCAGAUGUGACAUCACAGUGCACCCUUGUCCUUAAAGGAACUCCAAUUAUACUCGGGGACAAUUCCAACGAGUUCUACAAGACAGCCUUUGAUACAGUGACAGAUGAGGCCAUUGCAUCGAUGACUGUUGGUGUGCUCACUGUUAUACAUUUUAUACCAAUGCAUGUUUACUGUUGCAUUUAAAAUAAAUGAUGAGAUGCAUA